GGUCAGUUAUUAACAUCUUUUGAAGUAUUCCCGAGGGAGCUCUUGCGCCCCUAGCGGCAAGAUACCUUCUCGCGUCACCGACUGUUCCCAAAUUGUUGACGUGGUGUGGUUCGCUACCGGACGUGAAGGAUGGCCGACCAGAGCAGGCAAAUUAAACUCGCCGCAGCCAAGAAAAAGCUGAAGGAGUUUCAGCAGAAGAGUUCUCCUGCCAGUGGAGGAGGGGGUGGAAAUGGAGGAGGACCAGGUGCCAAGAAGAAGAAGGGAGGGAGCCAACCAGACACACCCUCAGCUGACCUACACUCUCCAGACAAUAUUCAGAGUAUUCUGAAAGUUCGUAGUCAGACCAAUGGAUUAGCUCUGUCUCCCUUUGGCAACAGCCAGGCCCACGUUGAUGGGGAGGUGAGAAGGUCCACUGUCACCCAGCUACUGGAGGACCCAAACGGAGAGGCCGGCCGCAGCUCCCCUGGUUCUAACCCUGCUAGCUCUAUGUCUGCUACUAACCCUGAGUGUGUCAGCCACGCCCACAACACUGACAUGCAGCAGAACUGCACACCUGACGCCAAUGGCAAUGAAAACCAUGUGGAUGAGAAUAGACCCCUUUCAUCCACAGAGAGCCUGCGGCAGCUCUCCCAGCAGCUCAACGGACUGCUCUCUGGGUCAUCCACCACCUAUGUAAAUGGAGACAGUGCUCCCUCGCCUGCCAAUGAAAAAGAACUGGAGAGUCGAAACCAGGAGCUGGCAACCGCACUGGACUCCAGCAACCUAACAAACUCUCAGCUCAGUACCAAGCUAGACCUGCUGACCAAGCAAUCUCAGGAGCUCACAGAUCAGCUGCAAAAGGAGCGAAAGGAGUUUGAACUUAAAUGUGUGAGGGAGCAAGGAGCCAUGCGAGAACAAUUACAGGUCCACAUCCAGACCAUCGGCAUCCUGGUGUCGGAGAAAUCAGAGCUGCAGACCGCACUGUCAUACACGCAGCAGGCUGCCCGCCAGAAAACAGGAGAGGCUGAGGAGCUGAGUAACCGUCUCCAGGCCACCAAACAGAGAGUCUCUGAGCUGGAGAGAACCCUGUCCUCCGUCUCCACACAACAGAAACAGUUUGACAAGCAUAACAAAGAGCUAGAGAGAGAGAGAGACAACCUGAGGCUAGAGGUGUACAGACUAAAUAGUGUGAGUGAGGAGAGGAGGCAGCAGAGUUCAGAGCUGUCAGAGCAGCUCAAGCUGAGGGUGAGUGAGAACAGCGCUAUGAGACUGGACCUGGAUGAACUGCGCAAGAGACUGGAGAUGGCUGACGUCAUGCUGCAACAGUUUUCCAGUCAGUCAGGGCCUCCCAGUGCCAACCAGCAGAUGCAGUUACUACUGGAGGAGAAAUUACAGAUUGAGGCGCACACUGCUCAGUUAAUGGAGUCGGUGGCCCAGCUGCAAACAGAGAGAGACCGCUACGCUGAGCAGAUCCAGGAGGAGGGACGAGUAUGGAAGGACAAGACAGAGCAGCUGCUCUCUCAGGUGACACUAGUAGCAGAGGAGAGAGACAGGAGCAUCAGUCAGAUCCAGGAGCUAGAAGCCCACAUCACAGACCUGAAGCACGCUGCAGCCCUUUUGUCCCAUGAGAGAGAGGCCCAGGUAGAUCCCCAGCCCUCAGGGCCCUCAGAGAGUGAACUGGCCCUCCAGGAAGCCCUCAGCAGCCUGCGGCAGGAGAGAGACUCUCUCAACACACAGUUCCAGGCCCAGCUACGUGACAACGAGCAGCUGAGUCGUAUGUGCUCGGAGCAGGAGUCCCGUCUCUCGGAGCUGGAGCGCCAUGCGGAGCGCGGGGCCGAGGAUGCAGAGGACCGCAGGCGCAUGCUGGAGGACGUGCAGAGUGACAAGGCCACCAUCAGCCGCGCCCUGGCCCAGAACCGCACCCUUAAAGACCAGCUGGCUGAGUUGCAGAACGGCUUCGUCAAACUGACCAAUGAGAACAUGGAGCUGACCACUGCUCUGCAGUCAGAGCAUCACGUCAAGAAGGAGCUGGGACGCAGGAUGGGACAACUACAGGAGGACCUGCACAACUUCAAGGAGCAGUUGGAGCUGAAGUCUCAGGAGUACCAGGCGCUGCUGGAGCAGCGGGACCAGAUAGUGGCCCACCUACAGCAGUACUCUGCAGGCUACACGGCCCUGGCAUCAGAGCGGGAGCAGCUCCAUAGACAGUACCUGCAGCAGAGCCAGCUGAUGGACCAGCUGCAGCAUGACGAGACCCAUGGAAGGGUUCAACUGGAGAUGAGCCACAAACAGCUGGAGCAAUACCAGGAGAGGCUGGAGCGGUUGUCCAGAGACAACGAGCAGCUGAAGGCUGAAGUCACAGAGCUGCUCAACAGCUCAUCCCUGGCCACACCCCCCAGAGACCAGGGAGACGGAGUGGAGAGCCAAUCCCUGCCAGAAAGCCCACAGAAGUCCUCCAUCGCUAUCCCAGAAGACUUUGAGAGCCGGGAAGAGAUGGAGGAGUUUGUGCGCGAUGCAGUGGCGCGUGUGGAGGCAGAGAGAGAUGAGGUGAGGAGCAAACUGGAGGAGGAGAGGAGACUGCACCUCGCAGCCCGUCGCCAGGCUGCAGCACCCAGCAUGGAGUACCAGCACCACAGUCAUGACCAUGAACACAACCAUGACCACGGUCACAGCCACGACCACACUCACAGCCAUGAUGACCACAGUCACUGUGAACACACAGUCUCAGGUUCAGAGGGCGUCCCAGUGGAGGUACACGAGGCCCUGUGUGUUGCCAUGGAGAAGCUCCAACACCGCUUCACCUCUCUGAUGCAGGAGAAGGCUGACCUGAAGGAGAGGGUAGAGGAGCUGGAACACCGCUGUAUACAGCUGUCUGGAGAGACUGAUACUAUAGGAGAGUACAUUGCCCUGUACCAGAACCAGAGAGCUGUCAUGAAGCAGAAACACAUGGAGAAGGAGCAGUACAUCAGUAUGUUGGCCCAGGACAAAGAGGAGAUGAAGGCCAAACUGGCAGAGCUGCAGGACCUGGUCAUGAGGUUGGUGGGUGAGAGGAACGAGUGGUACAGCCGCUAUGCUGGGGUGGUGGCUAGCGAUGACACUACAGCUAACCCUGACCUGCUGCCAGCUGAGGAGGACCAUGUCCAGGCUCACCACGCACACAGACGCAUGGAGCUCAAUGCUGUGGACGGACAAGAAUCUAUGGAUCUAAGUAAAGCUGUGGAGUCUGACUCCUCCACCCCUGAUACCCCUCACAUUGCACCGUCAGACUUGGGCCAGAGGCUCCCCCCAGAUUCCCAGGCUCUGAUGAGGCCCCAGGAGGACGGCACAGCCAGGCAGAUCAUGCAGCUGCUCCAGGAGAUCCAGGGGCCCCGCUCCGUGCCCUUCCUGGGGGACAAUCCCUGCAUCCCCUUCUUCUACCGGCCUGACCAGCAGGACGAAGUCAAGAUCCUGGUGGUCUGAUGAUGAGACUAUGGAGCCAACUGGCAACGUUGGUUUGGAUCCCUGGCAAUGUUGAACGAUCUCUGAACACACACAGCAUUCCACCACGUCACACUUAGGUCAUCUAGGAUUACAUGUACACACACUUCUGGGUAUACGGUCUCGCACACAUGCGCUCACUCUCCCCCGACAAAUUCAAGUUUCUGGAGAGUUUGUUUACGCUCUCUUUCUCACACACCAUUUGAGUCCUUGGCGGGUCUCACAUGCAGUUUAUUAUUCACUGGACACUAGGGCUGGGGAUUGCUCACGAUAUCACAUUAUCACAAUACCUAGGUGUCGAUACGAUAUGUAUUGUGAUUCAUAUUGUUCACCAUAUGUCUGCUGCAGAGAGACGAGAGACCCAUAAGAAAAUUAGUUUUGAUCAGUCAGGGAAAUAAGUGCUGAAAUAUGUUGGUUCACUAUUUAAAAAGGAUAACAAGCUAGCGACUAGCACUAGCUAACGCUACGUACAGCAUAUUUAAAUUCAUUCUUGGAGUCAAAUAUCGAUAUUUCGUCCCAAAAUAAUAUGUAACUGUAUCGAUCUCUUCACCCCCCAAAAUCACUACUGGACACAGAUAGUGACUUAAGCACAUGAACUCCUUGUCUGGCUGCCUUCCUCUCCUUGUCUACUUCCUCCUCCGUUGCAGCCUCCUUACUUGCAGUGUUUGUGUCAAUUCAUUUUCUGAUCUCUCUCCUCUAUUCCCUAACCACCACCUCUCUCCCCCUCCCCUUAUGCAAUAAAAUAUCUGUUCCCUCAGUCAUUGUCUAUUGAAGGAGAAAUGAAGGCUUUGAGUGAAGUUAGCAGCAAUAGUAUGUGUGCGUGCAUGGACUACUCUCACAGGAUCCUCAUUCACAAUGUGUGUCUGAUUCUGGAGAACUGGGAUAGUCUGUGUUUGGUAGUGGAGACGGACAAGGCUUGGUUUUGCCCUGUGGGCUUUUUCUCGAUUAAUUUCCUUGUCUCUUUUCCUCCAUGACAACCGAUGGGCAAUAAGACAUACUCUGGCAUUUGGUCAUGAAUGGAAGGAGACUGAUGCACAGCCCGUGGUAGGUGUUGGUGUGUUCUAUGGCAGUGGAGGGAGUGUUGUCAGUGAAGCAGAUGGAGUAGUGAAGGUCAGUAUCAAUUCAGGCUAGAGCCUUGGCCUAACUGGGGAGAAAGCAAGUCAGGAAAGCAUUGGUAAAGACACUAGCAUUUGGUGCAAGUUUGCGCUGUUCACUUAAUUUCUAAGUCGUUUACUUCUAAGUAGGGGAACACAAUUACGUCAUAGGAAAGAGGAACGUGCUCUCCCCUACAUUUACCUUGUCUAUCCACCCUCUUCCAUUUGGGAACACUGAAAUCUGAGCACACGUAUCUACAGUAGAGCUUUCUCUUAUGCCAAUGAGCCAGUCACUUGUAUUCCCCUAGUUGCUCUGUGUUUAUUUAUUUGAUGUCCCAUUUCAUGGCAUUUUCAUGUCAUCUCUUGUUUAUCAAUUGUUCAAUUCCAUUGUGCUUGUUGUCCCUCUACAUAUCAUUGAUAUGAAGUUGCUCCAUUUGAGACUGGAUGAAGAUUGGAUCAUUUAUCACAGACACACAAUCUCAAUUGUAGCCCUAAUGAUCUGAAUGGAAGUGGUCUCUUCUCUCUAGUUUCAUGGGCUUUUGUUGUAGGUUAUUGCACUAAAAUUGUACAGAGCUUCUACUAAAAUCCUGUCCCAUCUCACUUAUUUUUUGGACAGUAGUUUUUCUAUGGUAGACCCAUUCUAGGCAUUUGAUUUCUGUGCUUGGAGCCCUAUGAUGUCAUGUGUGCUCUUUGGCACAUCUGGGCCGAGGGUUCCACUCAAAGCUAACGAAUGGAGACUAAAGCUUGUGUGUUGAAGUGACUGAGCGAGAGUGUGUGCACUAGGAGGAUGUACAGGUAUGUACAUAUAGUGUUGUAUUAAUUCUAGUAACACAAGGCAGAGGCAAUGGGGGUUAAGUUCUGCUGUUUGAUUGGAAGGUCCUCCUGUUUUUGGAGAAACGUCCCAUGAUGGGGAUGUGUGUGUGUGUGUGUACUCAUAAUAUUUGUUGAUUUUGGAUUUUGAGGCUUCCGUAGUGUCUUUGUUGUUGACUACCGAUGUCAGAUUUUUUAUUCAAGAAUGGAAGUCUUUAAUGAUAAGUCAAUUGAUUAUCCCUAAACUUAAUGAAAAGCAAAAACAGUCUGAAAAAUAGUAAGAUGGUUUUUGAUGAUGCUAUGUGAAAUGUGUUCGAUCAGAUAUGAGGAAAGUAGUGGUUGUGGAGGAAGUUUUCAGGUCUGUAGAGGUGUGUGUGAUAGUGUUUGUACUUGGUCUGCAUUAGUCGCUGAACCAACUCUAUCCUGAAGCGCAGCACUUUUUGCUGUAGGACUUGACAUGGUUUCUGUUGAAAGUGAAUGUACCGUUACCCCAAUCUGAAUUCAAUUCCUGGCUUAGCAUUCUCUUUUACUUAUGAAAAAUAUUGUCAUUUAAAAAAAGUUAACUUUUGUUUUGGGAGGAGUAAAACCAAGAGAAAAUAUUUUUGAAUCAUUUAAAAUGCCAUUAUUUUGACGGUGACGAGAUACAAGUAAUAGAUUAAACUGAUUCACCCCACUUUCUAAUUCACUGUUUCUUUUGAAUGGAUAUGUGUGAUUGAACAGAUGUUAGACAGUUGAAAGUUUUCUGUUGUAAAGGAGCUGUAUAUACUGUAACUGUGUAAGAUAUUGUACAGUAUAUUCAUUCUGCCUGGUGUGGGAAUAAAGGUAAUGGCUGUAGUGUUGCUAACAGCCCAGAGCGUUUGUCUGUCUGUCCGUUUGUGUGAGCAAUUGUUGGCUUCAGGACCCACAGCUGAAGUGAAGUGGUAGGGGUGAUGUCUUUGUAUUAAAUCAAAGGUUAACUAAAUUAAAAUCUAUUUGGAAUAAUUUAUCUAAACUAAUCCGUUUUAAUGCAAUGUAGGAUGUUGAAGGAUUGUUCCAACACUGCAUUUCUGUUGUGAUUUCUCCUGUAAGAUUUAUUUUCUCCCCUCCUAAAUAAAAUUGAUUGAGCAAAGUA